UUUCCGCUCUUGCCUCCUGCUGUUUGCCGCCGCGUGCCAAAUCCACCUGCCCCACACACACACACACACACACACACACACACACACAGCACACAGCACCACACACAGCACCACACAAAGCAGCACGAUGCGUUUGCCUUUGAUUCGGCGUGCGCCAACCACGGCCGCCACCGCGCUGCGGCUUGUGCGCUGCAAGACAUCAUCGCCAGGGGCGCAUCCAGCGACCUCGGUGUCGUCCACAGCACCAGCGGCAACAGGUACACAGGCAACGUGGGUGCGGGCCGUGAGCACCUCUGCCAGGGCCGAUCGUGCAGCUGCCGCUGCCGCGGAAGCGAGAGAGGAGCAGCCGCUGUUGAAGGACGGUAAGCUGACGCGGCAUCAUCCCCGCCUCGCACGCGGCCGCGGGAUCGAGUUCACCAAGGAUGAGAAGCGCAUCGAGAGCGGGGAUCAGGCGCCCGUGCGGUUCGACGACAUGAAUAUGGAUGUGCGCUUGAAGAAGGCCCUCAAGCAGGACUUCCGGUACGCAGAGGCGUCACUGGUGCAGAGCAUGUGCUUUGAUUCAUGCUUGAACGGCGACGACGUCGUGCUCAAGGCAAAGACGGGCACCGGCAAAACGCUCGGCUUCCUGCUGCCCACCAUCCAGAAGCACUUCCGUGACGCGCGCAAGAUGGCACGCCAGAAGCCCCGCCGCGUGCCCGUGCUUGUGAUCGCGCCCACGCGCGAGCUCGCCAAGCAGGCCGAGACAGAGGCCGACCGCCUACUGCGCUACCUGCCGCGCGAGCUGCGCGCGCAGUCGUGCAUCGGCGGUACCCCGCGUGGCGUGUCCAUGAAGCGGCUGGAGCGCGUGCCACCCAUGGUGCUCGCCGCCACCCCCGGCCGCCUCCUUGACAUGAUCCGCACUUGCGGGUGGGAGAACGUGUUUGACGACCUGCGCGUGCUUGUCCUCGACGAGGCCGACCGCCUGCUGGAUAUGGGCUUCCGCAAGGAGAUUGAGCAGAUUCUGCAGCACCUCAACGCAAGACAGAGCAAGCGCCAGACGCUGCUCUUCAGCGCGACCUUCCCGCCCGACGUGGAGCAGAUGGCCAAGCUCGCCUGCCUGCAGCCGCCCAAGAUGCUCGAGGUCCCAGAUGCCGGCAAGGAUCAGGAGACGGAGACGGCGUCAAGCGUCACCCAGCGCGCCGUGGAGGUGCAGAUGGACUCGCUCCUGCCCAGCCUGCACAGCAUGAUCCAUGCGCACAUUGCCGAGCGCAAGCUCCAGCGCAUGCCAUCAAAGGUGAUGGUGUUCUUCCCGACGGCCGUGCAAACGCAGUUCUUCUCCACCCUCUUUGAGCGCGACUCGUUCAAGCUGUACACCCUGCACUCGCGCAUGCAGCAGUCGAAGCGCGACCGCAUCAGCGGCACGUUCAGGACGGCGAAGGAUGGCGUUCUCUUCACAACCGACGUCUCCGCACGUGGCAUCGACUACCCCGGCGUGUCGCUCGUCGUGCAGGUUGGCCUGCCAUCGUCCCGCGAGCAGUACGUGCACCGCGUGGGGCGCACGGGCCGCGGUGGCAGCAAGGGCGUGGCGGUGAUGCUGACAACACCACAGGAGGGCACCUUUGUCAAGAGCGAGCUCAAGGGCCUUCCUAUUGAGCAGCAGUCCAUGCACGACAUUGUGUCUGCCAACGGGCUCGUUGACGCCAGCAACACGGCUGCGGUGGAUGCGAUGAUUGAUGAGUCGCGUGCGUUUAUUGCCAAGCGCUACGACCAAUUGCGCAAGUACGAUCCGGAGCGUGGCAGCGACACGUACCUCUCCUUCCUCGGCCAUUACCGCGGCAUGCUGUCCACCAUGAAGAUGUCGCCACAGCAGCUCGUCGACUUUGGCAACGCCUACGCCACAGAUGCGCUCAUGCUGCCCACACCACCCGUGCUCUCCCAAAGCAUCCUCGCUCGCAUGGGCCUGGACAACAAGUCCCUCUCGCGCGUGCGUGUGUCCUCGGACCGCAGGCGUCCACACGCCCACUCGCGCAUGCCGCGUCGCCAACACCAGCGCCCGAGCCGUGCACGCAAGCCCCGCCCGCCACCACGCUACUGAGGUCCUGGGGGAGAGAGGUUAAGGUUGCUGCUGCUUGUUGCUGUGAGCAAGGGAGUGGGUGAUUAUGCGCGCUUGUGAACCGGUUUUGUCGUGUGCGUUGUGUAGUGUGCGUGUGAUGUGUUGAAUGUGUGUUUGUGUGCAUUUGUCUGUCUGUCUGUCUGUCUGUCGAGUGUACUGGGCGUGUUGGGAAGUGGGUCAUGUGAAGGAGGAGUGUAACAAUGUCUCUCAGAUCAGGGCGAGCUUUUCAGCUUGCAUUGUGUUGCUUUUGAUUGCUGCGUGCGUGAGGAUUUGGUGAUUGCUUGCCUGCUUGCUUGCUUGCCUGCUUGAUGAUAAACAUGAAGGACCACAAG